UCCUCAGCCUGGCCACAUAACCUUACUCUCUACCGCCUGGUCUGCACUCACCUGCCCUGCGUGGCUCAGCCGGGAUGAUGCGGGCUCUUGGACCCCUCCUGCUCUCCCUCCUUCUGCUCCUCCAAGCUGGAGGUUGUCAAGAAGUAAAAGUGGUGGUGGCUGUUGGGGAGACGGUUCAGCUGCAGCCAAAGACAUGGCCGUCAUCCUGGGUGGCAAUCAACUGGAUAAUGAAAUUCAGUUCACAGACCCACUGGAUCCUCAGACAUGAUCAGAACAGCACCUCGGCCAAUCCAUUACUGACCUUUGCUGACAGAGUCUCUUUCUACCCUGGGAAUCUCUCGCUGCAGAUUAACUCGGUCACGGAGAAAGAAAGUGGCCUCUACUCCAUGGACCUGACGCUGAAGAAUGGCUCUAGUGUCACCAAAUAUUUUCGUCUGUUUGUGCUUGACCGUGUCCGGCAGCCCAAGAUCAAGGCAUCUACUUCCCAGGAGUGUGGACGGUGCUACCUUACCCUGUCCUGCUUGGUGCCCAAAGCUGCCUGGGUCACCUACAGCUGGUCUCGAGGCAUAUCUUCACACCCAGCCCCAGAGGACCAUUUGCUCCAAGAGCAUCAAGCCGAUCUGCACCUGGAGAUCACUAAAAGCGGGAACAACACCUUCUAUCACUGCAAUGUCAGCAAUGCCAUCAGCUGGGGCACGGCCACCAUCGAUGUCGAACCGCUGUGCAACUACACAGCUUUACACAUUUCUCAGCACUGCUGUGAGCACUCUGCACCCUGUAUGGCCACUGCCCAACUGCAGAGAAGUAGGAACGUGAGGCAGGAAGCAUGUGGCCACUGUGCUGGAAGUGUCUGCGGUGUGGAGGAUGCCUCUCAGUCAUGUUUCUGCAAGCUCCCACUGUACCAGGUAACAUCCUCCUGGUUGAAUGCACCUGCGGGCACUUGGGGUCCGCAGGAUGGAGCCCUCCAUGGGGAAAUCAGCCUGGUUCUUCCUUACUCAAGUCUCUGACUCCUUCCAGUCUUGCUCCCCGCUGCCUGCUCGCACUUCAGAUGCCUGCCAUGAUGGAGGAAGCUCUCUGUCCCUUCGUGCUGUGCCUCCUCCUGCAUUUCCAAGGUCAGGUACUGAACUGUAGAGAAAUUGAAGUGGCUGCAGCUACAGGGGAAAUCAACUGUCUGGUUGGGAUGAAAUCACCUGGAAAGUGAUACUCAGCUCUGGAGGGUAUUAUUGAAUUGUGACAAUGUCUAAGAGGGACAGUCGUGUGGACCUCAACACACCUUCCCCGCUAGGCAAGAGAAUCAUCUUCCAUCCUGAGAAUCUCUCACUGGAGAUUGAGCUGGUUAAGAAGUCAGACAGUGGUAUCUAUUUUAUGGAUGUGACAUCUGCAUCCGGCAGUCUCGAUACCACCUGCUUCCAUGUGUCUGUGUUUGACUGAGUUUGGCAGCCCAACCUCACAGCACUCUCUGCUCACCCAGAGCUUGGAUGGUAAAAUGUUACCCUGUCCUGCCAGGUGCAGGAUGCCGAGACACCUGCAGCUGGUCCCGAGGUGCAUCCUGGAGCCCAGCCAGAGAGGACCAGCAGCUCCCGGGGCAUCAAUCCCAGCUGCAGCUGGAGAUCAUUGUGGGCAGCAAUGACACCUUCUAUCACUGCAACGUCAGCAAUGCAGCCAGCUGGGGCACGGCCACCAUCCAUGUCAAACCGCUGUGCAACUUCCCAGCCACAGCCUCGUUGCUGUCCUACUGCCAGGCCAAGGGGCUCAUCCUGCUGUUGGUGCUGGGGGCGCUGAUCACCAGGGCCGUGGCAGUGCACAUCAUGGCUGGCAAGCAGCCAAAAUGGGACUAAGCAGGGCCCAGCCACCAAGCCCUGCUCCCCUCUGGGAGGGAGGGCCCGAACAAGGCAUUGGCCUGCAGCUUCCAUGAGGUUCCUGUCCCAGGCCAACUGCAACCACAGAAGCAGCCGGUGGGUCUGCAGGGGCCCAAGUCCCAGCACCGGAGGCCAGUCCUUGAUGCUGUGCUCUGGUACAGUGGACACAUGGGCAUCCUGGAGCAGAGGGUCCCCCCAUGGCUGCUUCAUCCCCUACCCAGCAGAGCCAGCAGACCCCAGCACCCAGCCUGCAGGGUAGGGACCAGCUGGGCUCAGGUACCCACAGACACCACCAGGCUGCUGCCUGGGGGUGGCCCCUGCUUGAGCACAGCUCAGUGAAGUCUCAGGACCCAGGAGUACAGCCACUUGAUGGAUCCAAGAAUGGCCCCAAAACUGCAAGAGUUGCCCCUUUCCACCAUCUGCACUGAGUGGUGCUGCUGGGUGUGGGGGGAUCCCAGUGGCCCAGGACCUAGGAGUUGCCCCAGCAAGGACAAAUCUCCAAUCCCUGGUGCUUGGGGUGUGGUGCCUUGUUCUUGAUGCCAGUGUCUGAACCUGCCUUGGCAGAGACAGCUUGCCCCAUAUCAGCACAGAGGUGUCCAAAGCUGAAAGAGAAGGUGGCGCAGUAAACUGGGCUUCUUGCACUGCUCUGGGACUGGUGUCUGGUGUGGGGAGCUUAUGUCCUUCCAUCUCCAUCUCCCUGGCCCAUGGGAGAGCUGGGCCCUGCUGGGGUUCACCCUACAGAGCUGCCAACAUUGCUUCUCUCUGGGGCAGGGAGCCCUGCGGGACAGCUGGCACAAGAAGAUACAGAAGGCGGUCAGAGCCAGAGGUAUGCUAUCGACCAUGGAGCUGCUCCCUAAUGACGAUUGCCAAGCCAUGUGGGCAUGGAAACACAGAGAGGGGCAAGGGACUCGACCCAGCUGCCCCAGCCAUAUCUGCCAAAGUGCAACAGAGACCAUUGAUCACCUGCUAUGACUCUGCCCGUAUGCCAAGGGGGUGUGGAAAAAGGUAAACCAGCUCUGUGAAAAGGUGACAGGAGUCAGGCUGAUGACAAGGGAGGCAGUGUUGUACGGACACCUGACUAAACACCAAGGGACCCCAACAACCUGCUUCAGCCAGUUCACGUCCUGCAUCAGGAAUGCCCUGUGGAAAUGCAGGAACCUCCUGAUGUAUAGACACAAAACCCUCGAGGAAACACUGUGUUAACAUGUUCCUGUGUGAACUCCAAUCCUACUACCAGAAAUUGGUGGGAGAGGACGGAGAAUAUACAGCCAACUCCACCUGGCAAAGAGACACUUGGCACAGGCUCUUCAAGGACUCCCGAAAGAGGGAGCGGACAGGGAGAAGGAAAAGGACAGCAAGACAACUGGACCAGGAGACAGCGACAAUAACAGCAGCAGUGUUAGCAGCACCAGAAGCAACAGUGACUAUGACAGGGAGUGAACUGUGAAUGUAAACCCUGGAAUGGGGACUAGGACUAAGAGACUGCAAUUGAAAUAGGGAAAGGAUUGCAGAGUGGUGAGCGGGAGCGUGGGUGCACAGGUGUGUUCAUUGUAACAGGCACACAGGAUUUAAUGUGGUUUAAAGUGUGUGAAAAAGGUUUGCUAGAUGAUGUAUAUGUAUAUAUAAGAGAGAGAGAGAGAGAGAGUGUGUGUGUUUAAAAAUAUAUAUAUAUGUGAUCUCUGAAUAAAUCUUUACUCUGUGCAUCUGAA